CCUGAUGGAGCCAAAAGAAGAAAUCACAAAUGCAAAAGAACAAACUGAUCAAGGUCAGAAAGCAGUAAAGGAGGAAAUUUCACAACUCAAUGAAAUGGAGGAGAAACCUCAUCAUUUGAUACCCAAGGAAGAAUCUCUGAGCUGCUCGAUUACUGUGAGGAAUUUUUCCCCUAAAAGAAACAACAAGCAAAAGGCAAAAGUCAAAGAUGCUUUCACGUGCCCUCAAUGUGGAAAGACCUUUACAUAUACAUAUAUGCAUAAUAAUCACAUGAGAAUCCACACUGGAAAAAAACCUUACAGCUGUGAUCAGUGUGGAAAAACUUUCAUUAACAAGUCUUCCCUUAUUGUUCACAAGAGAAUUCACACUGGAGAAAAACCUUACGGCUGUGAUCAGUGUGGAAAGACCUUCAAUAAAAAAUCACAUUUAAGUGAUCACACAAAAAUUCACACUGGAGAAAAGCCUUACAGAUGUGAUCAAUGUGGAAAGAGUUUUAUUCGUAGGUUUAAUCUUAAUGGGCACAUAAGAAUUCACACUGGAGAAAAACCUUACACAUGUGAUCGGUGUGGAAAGACUUUCAUUCGUAAGAGUGACCUUAAUCAGCACAUACAAAUUCACACUGGAGAAAAACCUUACAGAUGUGAUCAGUGUGGAAAGAGUUAUGGUCGUAAGAGUGAUCUCAACAGGCACGUGAGUAUUCACACUGGAGAAAAGCCUUACAGAUGUGAUCAGUGUGGAAAGAACUUCAGGAAUAAAGCCCACCUUAAUGAACACACGAGAAUUCACACUGGAGAAAAACCUUUUAGAUGUGACCAAUGUGGAAAGGGCUUCAUUCGUAAGAUUGAUAUCAACAGGCACAUGAGGAUUCACACUAAACAAAGGCCUUAUACGUGCCCUCAGUGUGGAAAGACCUUCACAUAUAAAUAUAUGCUUAAUAAUCACAUGAGAAUUCACACUGGAAAAAAACCUUACAGCUGUGAUCAGUGUGGAAAAACUUUCAUUAACAAGUCUUCCCUUAUUGUUCACAAGAGAAUUCACACUGGAGAAAAACCUUACAGCUGUGAUCAGUGUGGAAAAAGUUUCACAAGUAAAUGUCACCUUAAUGACCACAAGAGGAUCCACACUGGAGAAAAACCUUACAGCUGUGAUCAGUGUGAAAAAAACUUUUUUCGCAAGUCUUGCCUUAUUGUUCACAAGAGAAUUCACACUGGAGAAAAACCUUACGGCUGUGAUCAGUGUGGAAAGACCUUCAAUAAAAAAUCGCAUUUAAGUGAUCACACAAAAAUUCACACUGGAGAAAAGCCUUACAGAUGUGAUCAAUGUGGAAAGAGUUUUAUUCGUAGGUUUAAUCUUGACGGGCACAUAAGAAAUCACACUGGAGAAAAACCUUACAGAUGUGAUCAGUGUGGAAAGAGUUAUGGUCGUAAGAGUGAUCUCAACAGGCACGUGAGUAUUCACACUGGAAAAAGGCCUUACAGAUGUGAUCAGUGUGGAAAGAACUUCAGGAAUAAAGCCUACCUUAAUGAACACACGAGAAUUCACACUGGAGAAAAACCUUUUAGAUGUGACCAAUGUGAAAAGGGCUUCAUUCGUAAGAUUGAUCUCAACAGGCACAUGAGGAUUCACACUAAACAAAGGCCUUAAAAUGCCCCUACUACAGUGAUUUUCGUAUUUGAAAAGUUAAGAUGCAAAAACCACUAAGCGCAACCUCGGUCAAAAAUGAGAUGAUAAUAUUAAAGCGUAACUAAACCCCUGGUCAGAGCCUGACUCCACCCACUGCAAUAUUUGAAAAAUGCAAGAAAAGUGGCAGAUCCCAACGGAGAUAGAGGGGAUGAACUAAGCUCGUAUCAAGUGUGGUGAGAUCGUAACAAGGGCGUGGUGAGCUUGAACCUGCUUACGUCACGAGUCAUUUCUUGGACCCAACAUCCAAUAGGAAAAUUCAACUGCAGUAGCCACCGUUCAACCUCAAGAGGGCAGGACUCAGACGUUUUUACACCAUAUAUUGUAGUAUUGAAACACUUUAUAUCCAAAUGUCAAAAAACGUACUAAAAUCAAUGAACAGCACUAAUAAAGCAUCAUUCUUACAGAUCAUUAACUAAAAAAAGUUGGUUUGGGGUUUAGUUACUCUUUAACCAAAUGCUUUUGGCAUGUAUUAUACGUUCAUCAAGUAGUUUUGCUUCAAAUACGCUUAAUCCCAGCCUCAGGCCAUUCAGAAAUACCAGUUUGUUGGCAGAAUCCAUUAAGAGUCUGAUAGAAAUUAAAUUUUUGUUAAAAAACACAUUAGGGUGGUUAUAGACCAGAGGUUCUCAAAGUUUACAUUCAAAGGUCCAAAUCUGAAUUCUCAUCAUUUUCAUAGGUCCGAAAAAACUGGUUAUUACAAAAAUUGUCAAGCAUGGUAAUAAUUUUAUGUAAAUCAUUUAUUUAUACAACAAAUCAACACAAAUCCCUACUGAAAAAUCCAGCUAAGACCAGCAUAAGCUGGUAGCUGGUUUUAGCUGGGAUAAGGUUGCAGUAGCUGGUUUAAGCUGUUCCUCCCUGCAUGGCAAAGCUGGUGGAUCAGCUAGUCUUCCAGCCUGACCAGCUAAGUCCAGCUAGACCAGCUGAAAAAGUGACCAAAACACAGCUAGACCAGCUUGCUACACCAGCAAAACCAGCUAAAACAAAGCUGGGAGACAAGCUAAAACCAGCUAACAAGCUUAUGCUGGUCUUAGCUGGAGUUUUCAGUAGGGAUAUUUUGGGGAAAACAUAUUUUCUAUUAAAGUACGUUCAUAACAAGUGUAUUUUACAUUUGAAGUAAAAAAAAUUAAACAUGAAACACGUGAAGUAUGCCAAAAGUAAACAGGUGCAAAUUGCAGAGCAACAUAAUUAGAGAAAUGGCACAGUUUGUUUUCCAUCAGAUGCACAAACCGUGGCAAAAUAGGUGUGGUCGGUAGACGGAGACACUGAUCUAAAUUAGGGGUGCACUCAUAAAUUGGCCGAUGAUGCUUGCUUUGCUUGUUAAGACAGACCAUCAAUGAAUUACGUUGAAAUGCUGCUACAUCCAAAAGCCAGAGGGCGCUCUCGUGCAGAAACUCAAUAUUCGCUGCAGAUGAAGAACAAUACACAGCCAGCUCCAUAGAUAUGUACACUAGAUGUUGCCUUGGCUACGGCAGUUCAUUGGACCGAAUGCGUCAAAUAGAGCCGCCAUCUUGAAACAGGGGAACCCUGCAUCAGCAUCAUUGUAGGCAAUGGUGUAACGGAAAUAAAAUCACCAUAAAUCGUCAUGAAUGCGGUUUUCUUGGUUUUCUUUUGGUUCGUUGCAACAGUCAGACAUGUAUUUAGCAUUGAGUCCAGAAAAAAAUAAGUUUUGAUAUUAUGAAAAUCUACUUUUUCUAACUAUAAUGCAUAGUGCUAGUAGGCCUAACAUCAAUACGCAGCACAAAAGUCUGGCACCAUCCAUGAAUUCGAAGUACAGGCGAAGACAGCAGUUUUACCUAGCUACUUCCUAUGACAAGACCCCUGUUCCAAGAUGGCGGCGGUUUUGACGCAUGCUUAGAACCCCAAGGCGACAUCUAGUGUUUAUAUCUAUGACGCAGCUCCAGGAAAUGUCUUAAGGAUAUAUUUAUAUUGCUGUUCUUUAAACCUUUUCAGGUAUUUUCAUGAUAAUAAAGAAUUUGUAUAAU